CGAGCGGUCGCGUCCCGCGUGGCUCACCGCCUUUCCUCUCUUCUCCCCGUAGCCCUUCGCAUCGAAGAUGGCGGGCGGCGUGGACGGCCCCAUAGGGAUCCCGUUCCCCGACCACAGCAGCGACAUCCUUAGCAGCCUGAACGAGCAGAGAAACAAUGGGCUGUUGUGUGACGUUGUCAUCUUGGUGGAAGGCCAGGAGUUCCCCACCCACCGCUCCGUCCUGGCGGCGUGCAGCCAGUACUUCAAGAAGCUCUUCACCUCAGGGUUAGUGGUGGACCAGCAAAACGUGUAUGAGAUAGACUUUGUGAGCGCGGACGCCUUGUCGGCGCUGCUGGAGUUCGCCUACACCGCGACCCUUACCGUCAGCACUUCGAACGUCAACGACAUCCUCAACGCCGCCAAACUGCUGGAGAUCCCGGCGGUAAGGGAUGUUUGCACGGAUCUCCUGGACAGGAAGAUUCUGGCCAAAAAUGACCAGAUGGAUACAGUAGAUCAAAUUGAUCAGAGGAACCAUCUCAGAGCAAAAGAGUACCUGGAGUUCUUCCAGAGCAACCCCGUCAACGGCCACCAAGGCAGCUUUCCGUGGACCAACUCAGAGUUGAGAGACCUUCAGAGACUGAACUUCCGAGGCCAAGAGGAAGAGGAGGAGCCGGACUGCAACGGCAUGGACUUCUACUCGCAAGCCCCCCUAAACGAAAGACCAAAGGCGAAUGACUGUGAUCCCGACAGCAACCCGGCCAUGUGGCUGGACAGAGAAGAGGAGGAGGCGGCGGUGGCGGCCCCCGGCUCCUUGUAUUCACCCUCUCAGAACGGACAUUACAGCAGCCGUGGCCUGCCCACGCCGGGAGAAGACGAGGUGACUUCGGGGGGCCCUCUGGACCAGCAGGAGGCUGGCGACUCCCCCAGCUUCGUGGCCACCGGAGCAGACACGGAGGACGACGCGAGGGAGGUGGAUGGCUUGGCUGCCAGCGCCCUGCUGCAGCAAAUGAUCAAUUCCGUGGGGAGACAGCAGCUGGGGGAGGACGACCGAAAGGACGACGAUGGGGUCAUGGAUUAUUACUUGAAAUACUUCAGCAGUUCGAACGAGGGCGACGUGUAUCCGUCCUGGUCCCAGAAGGUGGAGAAGAAGAUCAGGGCGAAAGCAUUCCAAAAGUGCCCCAUCUGUGAAAAGGUGAUCCAGGGGGCUGGCAAGCUGCCGCGCCACAUCCGCACCCACACCGGCGAGAAGCCCUACGAGUGCGACAUCUGCAAAGUCCGAUUCACCAGGCAGGACAAGCUGAAGGUUCACAUGAGGAAACACACAGGGGAGAAACCUUACUUGUGCCAGCAGUGCGGAGCCGCUUUUGCUCACAACUACGACUUGAAGAACCACAUGCGCGUGCACACCGGCCUCAGGCCCUAUCAGUGUGACAGCUGCUUCAAGACUUUCGUCCGCUCUGACCACUUGCACAGGCACCUUAAAAAAGAUGGGUGCAACGGCAUCCCGUCCCGGAGGGGCCGCAAGCCCCGGGUGAGAGAUGCCGGGGGGCUGCCCACCCCCACAGGGAACCCCGAAGACGGAAGCUUUCAAGCCGGUGGGGAGAGUCAAGAAUCAGAGGACACCAUGCAGAGGAACGGCCAGGAGCAGCACUUUGAAGAUAGUUCGAAUAAUGAAGCGCCAGGAUUGAAUGUAGCAGGAGGGUCGUCCGAGGGCAACACGCAAGGACUCUCCUAAACCAAAAACAGAAAGUGUCACAAAAUCUAGUUAGUACUUUUUCCUCCGAUUUUUCUCUUUAAAAGAUGUUUCUCUCCCUUUUUUUUAAAAAAAAAAAUGAAAUAUAUAUAUAUAUUAUGUUUCCAAUCUUCCCAUCGUAACCAGGGCUCCCCCGAGGAUCCCUCCGUAGCCAAGGACCUUUUCGUGGAAAGGCAGACGCUAGGAAGCGUGGGGCGGGGAUGGAAAGCGGCUCUGUUGCAUGGAAAGGAGCUUCCAUGUAAAUCCAAAGCUUUAUUUUGUGUCCAAACACACGUUAAAAA